AUGAUGAUCCUGACUCUUACCGCCGACUUAUCGGGAGUAACUGACUUGAGGCCGGACGACACGCCCGAGAACCCCUUUUGGUACACUUUCAAAGUCCAGUGCACUUCUUGCCGAGAAAUUCACCCGAAUUUCAUAAAUGUCAGCCGUUUUGAAGCGAAUGAUAUGAGCGGCAGCCGAGGAGAAGCCAACUUUGUAUGGAAAUGCAAAUCAUGCAAGAGAGAAUCCUCCGCCACGAUCACAGACCCGCCGAUCUCCUACCAGCAAGGUUCUCCACCGACACGCCAAAAGGUCAUCCAGUUUGACACUCGGGGACUAGAGUUUGUCGAGUUCAAGCCCGAGGGAGAGUGGCUGGCCACAGGCCUCGAGUCGGGCACCAAAUUCGCGGGUAUUGAGCUUGAUGAUGGAGAGUGGUAUGAGUAUGAUGACAAAGCGGGAGAGGAAGUCAGCAUCAAGGAUUUGAAGUGGGAGAUCAGAAGAACCUGA